CUUCGACAUGCGAAUCUCUCCUUGGGAACUGCUUUUACUGGUCAACGCUGGUAAGCUGGAACCAGCAGGCUCCCCAGGCGCUGGUCGUGGCAUUUCAGAGGGAGAGCACCCUUCGUAUCGUAAUGCCUUUCAUAUCUUCAAUGCUAUACAUAGUUCUAUGCGACAAUGGGGCUCAUCGCUAAAUCACAAUGGCAUGUCCUUUUUCCCUGCGCUGGUUCCAGCGGGCACGGAGCUGUAUCACGGCACCGGCGAGUCAAAUCCUAUAGAGGGAAUGGAAUGGCUGGCCUUCGAACCAGAACAUGCCCAAAACUUCGCCCGUCGGCGGCCUGGCCGACAUCCGGGAGGCGGGCCUGGACGAGGUCCUCCCCCACCUCCACACCGUGCCAGCGAGGAGCAGCGACCGCUUGGUUCGCGGACGGAUGACAGACAACCACUGCCUUGGGCUUCGCCUAAACCUGGCCGGCGUGACGACGGCGAAUCUGGAUUCUUGCAUACGUAUCUGGCGAAAAGGGACUUGCAACUGUUGUAUAUUGACGGCAUGUCCGCAGGCAAGACCUCCAAUGGUACGCUCGACACGCAGGACUACAUACUGCUAAACAAUACCCUUCCACACCAAGGCAUGUGGGAAUACGAGCGGGCCCAAGGGAUGUGUAACAUCUCUCGCGACGAGUGGGGCGGCCGCGUCGACGGGUUUCUGAGAAUGGAGGCCGGAUUCGAGAUCAUCUUAUGCGAUUUCCAACGUGACUUGGAGGUAAAGAGUAUCGCAAGGGCGUACGGGGAGUGUAAAAACUGCGACGACGAAAAUGAAGGCAUGAUGGGCGGCGGUCUGAGGUACCUCCGAGCUGUAGCUGACCGAUAUCACGACAUUGGUGGCGAGCGGGUGAAGAUCAACUACGAAAAGAUGACGACCGUGUACGCGCUUGACGUCGACCUGUUCUCGUCCGGCGAGCGAGGCCCAAGACUCAAAAAUGUGUCCGCACAUGAUCUUGCCAUGAUCAGGAGACAGGUUGAUCGAAUGGUCCUGAGCGACCCUAACCCUUUCACACACCGUGGGAGGAACUGGCAAGCCGUCGCCGACAUGAUCGUCACGCGAUUCGCAACUCGGCUCAAGUUUUUGGCGAUGCCAGACGUGUCAGGCGAUGAGCAAAGGCUGAACAGCGAGCUCAAUGCGCUGCUAUCGCCGUUCAUAGACUAUGACAAGCGGUCAUUUAUGGACGAGACCUCUCGCUGUGCGUCUCAUUUCACUCCGUCUCACGGGAUCCACUCGUCGCUCGCUGCACAUACCGUCUCGUACGUUUCACACUACAUCUGCCACAAGCUUGUCUCUACCCAGUACGGCGACGUAGCAAACAGUCUGGUUGCCAAGCAGGACAUCAUUGCGGACUUGAUUGAAACGCUCAACUGGACGACGUGGAAAGAGUGUGGAACGUGCGCGUAUGACGAGAUCUGUUCCAUCCCCAUUUGGCCGUUUGGAAGUGAACAAGACUGGAUCACUCCAACAUGUAGGAACUCAACCUCGAUCAAAGAACAAAGAGGAUAUUGGGGAUUCAACAGAGGAUUUCCGGGCGGACCACCUCCUGACAAGGACGAAGAUUUCAGCCAGCCAUUGGCGUGAACUUCGGAGUCUGGCGAAUUCGUACUUCUUUUUCAUUUCAACACGAGACAGCAUGUGCACCAUGUACGCUUUCUUCUGAACCAGAUUGCACGGCCGACUCUGAAUGCAGUGUCGGCAAAAGAGUGUGCAAGCAUCACUCAUUAUGCAGUGCUGGAUGUCGAUGAAUCGUCUGCUCUCGAGCAAGAAUACUUUUGACACACUGCGUCACUCAUUGGGGGUGCGAUGAGAGAUAAGAUCCAUACUGCAUGUCGUGCGACUGCCUCGAAGAGAUUUACACACACACCAGCCCGGGAAUAUCAACGCCGGGUUUCGUUCUGGAUCAACUGUAGAGCCUCAAGUAAUUCAGCCAUGAGGGGAAGAAGAAGAAGAGGAGGAAGAAGAGGAGGAAGAAGAGGAAGAUAGUGGCAAUGAUUUGAGAGACGACGUCCAUGGCGAGCCCAACCAUGGAACAAUCGGUGCCCAAUGUUUUAAAUAGACGUCCCAGCGAGUGUCGUAACUAUGCAUGCGAAUAAUACAUGUCCGUUAGACUGCGGUUGAACAGUGAAGGACUUGUUAUAGGGUUCAGAUUAAACUAACUGGGGUAUUCUUCCUAAGCACAAUUUUUUUUGGUCAGUAAAUCAUGGAGAGAAUGCAGAACCUUAGCUUGGGCCAUGUUUUGCGUUUGGGUUUCUGUUGAUGCGAGUGCUCGGAUGGUUUUGGUAAUUACGGAAGUGCUCGCGGAAUGGCUCGCUCUGCACAUUCUAUUUUUCAGAUACUAUUCGCACUAGCUCUACGCAAGUUUUUGCUUGGGGGGUAUCACAAUAAAAUCUAACACGCGUUCGCCUUCCC